AUGAUGCCUCGGUUCCAAUUUGCCUUCCGACGAACUUUGUUUUAUUUGUUGUUGAUCUUGGCCUACCUGGUUAUCGGGUCGUUGAUCUUCUUCUUCCUGUGGAAACGAGGCUCGGGUUUAAAGGUAGGACAGAAUUUUUAGAGACUUGGACAGACAUUUGAAGUGCUUCUUUGAUCUUUUUAUUUGGGAUUUGACCUAGGUUUGAGGGGGUUUAGUUGGAGGUCCAGUGCAAGGUAAGGUGAAAAUUGAAUACUAAUGCGAUGCAAAAUAGAAUUAGUGCUUCAGAUGUAGUAAAGGUUGCAAUUCAAUAUAAAAUUUAUUGGAAUGUCAUAUGCCACCAUAUGCUUGAUCAUCCAUUCACUUUUUUUAUUAUACUUGACAUUCAUUGCAUAAUUUCGCAAUCAAAUGGCAAUUGCUGUAAAACUCGAACGAUUAGACUUUUAAAAGUAUGAAUUAAAUGAUUUAUAUGUUAUUUCACAAAUUUCUGUUCAAUAAAUUCAGCUGUUGCUUCAGCUGGCUAGCUGUGUUUACCUGUUUUAUCUAAAAUGUCAUCAUCACUUUCCAGGCUAUUGGUUCAUCUUCAGAACGUCUUGAUUUCGAGCGUGCCGAGCUCCUCAAUGUCCUUUAUGCCGAAGCAAUUGGGCGACAAGGUAAAAGACUAUCAAAAAUUUUUAAAAUUUGGAUUCAGAACAUGACUGGUCACUAUUGGCCAAUCAAAAGUUGGAUUCGUAUGAGAAAUCGUUGAGUCAGCGGAUCGAAAGUGGGCAAAUCGCACCUCGAAAUCGACUGAAACCGUCGUUUGGAUUGGCUUUCCGGCAUUGUUUCUCAUUGAUCACAACAAUAGGUAAGGGAGUUUUUGCAAAGUGAAAAAAAAUUUUUAAAAUUUUCAAUUACACGAAAUUAAAUUUUAGUGUUUUUUUUAAUCCACAAAGGAAUUUUAAGGCUGACAGACCACAGUGACAUACCUUUUUUACAAUAAAAAUAGUCCAAAAAUAUCAAAAAUCACCAAUUAUAUUACUUUAGGCCCUGUUGAUAUUGAUGAUUUGAACAUUGAAUCCAAAAUCUUUUCCAUGUUCUAUGCCGCUUUUGGGAUCCCUUUUGUCCUCCUCUACCUUGGACAGUGUGCUCGAGCAAUCACAUCGGUCAUUUCUGGAGUCAAACAACUUCUUCUUCUACUGCUUUCAGUACUUUUUUUGGUUUCAAUUGCUUAUGAUGUGGUUGAACAAGGAGCUGAUGAUACGGUAAGUUUGUAAGGGCCUUAGGGGAUGUUGGAAUUUUUAGGGGUUUUUGAAAAAGGAAAUUUAACAAAAAAUAUGUUAUACUUGGAAAAAUAUUGUUGGAAUAUAAAAAUUUGGCAAAAAUAAGUUAAAGCUAGUUGAAAUAGAGUGUUUUUUGAGAAGAAUAUUGUAGAUUAUGCCUCUAACAGGCAGUUAGACAAUAUAUUUUAGCCGUUCAUUGAUGCGAUUCUCUCCGUUUUCCUUCAAAUGUCCACCAUCGGCUGUGAAGAUGACAAAGAUGAACUCCCAUCGAUUUUGCUCUACAUUUCGGCGGCGUUUGGAAUCUCCGCCUUCAGUGUGACAUUCACCGCCAUUCAGGAGGAAAUUGAGCGAUUAAUCGGGCCCUACGAAUUGAAAUUUACUCAUCAAUAUGCGAAAAUGGAGCGAGCGAUCAGCGGCUCCAGACUGGAGGUUCUCCAAGAAGACGACACCGAGGACUACAGUGAACACACGUCGUAA